AUGUCUGCCUUUGUGGGGAAAUACACAGAUGAGCUGAUCAAGACCGCCAAGUACCUCGCAACGCCGGGCAAGGGCAUCCUGGCCUCCGACGAGUCGACGGGCACCAUCGGCAAGCGCUUGUCCAGCAUCAACCUCGAGAACGUGGAGUCGAACCGGCAGGCGCUCCGCGAGCUGCUCUUCACGGCGCCCGGCGUGUUCGACUACCUCUCCGGGGUCAUCCUCUUCGAGGAGACGCUGUACCAGACGACCUCCGACGGGACGCCGUUCGUGGACCUGAUCCGCGCCGGCGGCGCCGUCCCGGGGAUCAAGGUCGACAAGGGCACCGUCGAGAUCGCGGGCACCAACGGCGAGACCACCGCGCAGGGCCUCGACUCCCUGGGCGCGCGCUGCGCCAAGUACUACGAGGCCGGCGCGCGCUUCGCCAAGUGGCGCGCCGUGCUAAAGGUCGGCCCCGCGGAGCCCUCCGAGCUCGCCGUCAGGCAGAACGCCGAGGGCCUCGCGCGGUACGCGCUCAUCUGCCAGGAGUUCGGGCUCGUGCCCAUCGUCGAGCCCGAGAUCCUCACCGACGGCGCGCACGACAUCAAGACCUGCGCCGCCGUCACGGAGCGCGUCCUCGCCGCCGUCUACAAGUCGCUCAACGACCACAAGGUCCUCCUCGAGGGCACGCUCCUCAAGACCAACAUGGUCACCCCCGGUUCCGAUAGCCCCAAGGCAUGUCGCUAUGAUCGUCAUUCUUGCAAUCUUUUACUACCAGAGUACCAGCCCAUGCCCGAUCAUCAUAUUUCAUUCAUGGAUUUUCAGGUUGGCGCGGAGGUGAUAGCGGAGUACACGGUGGCGGCGCUGCGGCGCACCGUGCCGCCGGCGGUGCCCGGGGUCGUGUUCCUGUCGGGCGGGCAGAGCGAGGAGGAGGCGACGCAGAACCUGGACGCGAUGAACAAGCUGGAGGUGCUCAAGCCCUGGACGCUGUCCUUCUCCUUCGGCCGCGCGCUGCAGCAGAGCACCCUCAAGAAGUGGCUCGGCAAGAACGAGAACGUCGCCGCCGCGCAGGCCACCUUCCUCGUCCGAUGCAAGGCCAACUCCGAGGCCGGGCUGGGCAAGUACACCGGCUCCGGCGCCGGGGACGCUGCCGCCUCUGAGAGUUUGUACGUCAAGGGGUACAAGUACUAA